AAAACUCAUGAGUUUUCUUGUAAAAAAGUUUAAUUCAAAAUAUUCAGUGAAAAGCGAGUCCAAAAAUUAAUUAAAGUAUGCUGCACAAAUAACUUGAAUAGUGCUGCUUGUUUUAAAAUAAAAGAAUAGUUAAAAUUAUAGCAGAUACAGUGAAAAAAUACAAAAAAAUAAACAAUUUAAAGUGCGUAACUAUUUAUAAUAAAUAUCAGACAAAGAGAGAAAGAGAGAGCGCAGUUAAAUUAAUUAAAUAGGAGCAUGGCUGAUGUAUUUCAAUUUGAAGAUGACAACCAUACUGAUGGGAAUUUCGACAACGAUGAUAAUGAUGAAAUUAUCUUAGAUGAUAUGGAUCUUGAGACAGAAUUAAAUGCCAAUAAAAACAUGGACCUAGAAGAAACUGAUACUAUUGAGCUUAAUGAAGAUAUUGUAAAUCCAGGUAGAAAAUUAGGUCCACAGGAUUUUGAGCUGAAGAAAGUUUUAGGAAAAGGAGGAUAUGGCAAAGUAUUUCAAGUCAAAAAAGUGACUGGAAAUGACGGAGGAUCUUACUUUGCCAUGAAGGUCCUUAAAAAGGCAUCGAUUGUUAGAAAUCAAAAAGACACUGCUCAUACUCGAGCUGAAAGGAAUAUUCUUGAAGCAGUGAAACAUCCUUUUAUCGUAGAGCUAGUUUAUGCAUUUCAAACUGGUGGAAAAUUAUAUUUAAUCUUAGAAUAUCUUAGUGGAGGUGAACUGUUUAUGCAUUUAGAACGUGAAGGAAUUUUUCUCGAAGAUACGACAUGCUUUUAUUUAAAUGAAAUUGUGCUUGCUUUGGAACAUUUGCAUUCUCUUGGAAUUAUAUAUCGCGAUCUUAAGCCUGAAAAUGUUUUGCUUGAUGCACAAGGUCAUGUAAAAUUGACUGAUUUCGGACUUUGUAAAGAGCAUAUUCACGAAGGAAUUACGGCCUGGACUUUUUGUGGAACAAUAGAAUACAUGGCGCCUGAAAUUUUAACACGUUCAGGUCAUGGGAAGGCAGUCGACUGGUGGAGUCUUGGUGCUUUGAUGUAUGACAUGUUGACUGGAAAUCCACCAUUUAGUGCUGAGAACAGAAAGAAGACUAUCGAAACUAUUUUAAAAGGAAAACUCAAUCUUCCAGCUUAUUUAACACCAGAUGCACGCGAUUUAAUUAGGCGCCUAAUGAAAAGACAAGUAUCGCAACGCUUAGGAAGCGGAGCUGGUGAUGGUUUAGAAGUACGUUCUCAUCCAUUCUUUAAAAAUGUGAAUUGGAAAGAUGUGUUUGAAAGACGAUUAGAGCCACCAAUUAAACCUGUUUUGCGAAGUGAAGAUGAUGUAUCCCAAUUCGAUACAAAAUUCACAAAACAGAUACCUGUUGAUAGUCCUGAGGAAUCGACAUUAAGCGAGAGUGCUAAUAUGAUGUUUCAGGGAUUCACAUAUGUAGCACCAUCAGUUUUAGAGGAAAUUAAUCACCCGAGAGUGAUAACAGCGCGUAGUCCACGUAGAACGCCAAGACAUAGAGAAGAUCACAUGAGCCUUAGAGUUUUUCCAGGAGCAUCAACGUCCUCAAUCGCUGGAAUAUCAAAUCAUCCUCAACAUUUUUAUCCAAAUUCGUCACAUAAUAAUAACUCAAUUCAUCCACGAGUUAAUCCUCAAUUUGUAGCCAGUCACCUUCAGGGCUUUAGCAACACACCAACAUCUGAUGAUGCGAUGAUGAUGGAUAUAAAAGGGAAGAAAUGAUAAGAUGAUGUCUCGGCAUCCGGAUUUUUUGUUUUAAUUUACCUACACACACACCCACAAACAAACAAACAAACAAUCAAUCAAUCAAAAUAUAAAAGAUCGAGUAAAUUUUCGAUAAGUAAGGAAUAAGGAGUAAGGAUAACAAUAUGAUGAAUGAAGGAUAUACAGCUGAUCGCUCGUAGAUAGAAGAAAAAUAAUUAAGCCAUACAUAACACCAUCAUAUUUCACGAAUUUAUUGAAGAACGUAGCAGAAGAGAAAUCCCAAUUUACCCAUAUUAGAUAAAUAUUGCUUUAUUAUAAGUUUAAUUAAACAAAGGAGGAGAAGAAGAAUAUUAAAAUUGAAGGCAUGUAUCAGAGUAAUACAAUUUAAUAUAUAUUUUUUAAAUAGCCAAAGCACAAAGAAUGGUCGGAGAGAUUAAAUGAAUACAGUUGAAAGUAUACUCGAUCUUACCUAGAUAAUUUCAUUGUGCGUAAGCAUUGAUAUCUCAAUGAAUUAGUCUUAUAUGACUUCCAUCAUUGACUAUUUGAUUACGAGUCGUUUACUUGUAAUGUCCAAUACAACGUUUUAUGAAUUUGUCAAUAACUUUUAAAUGUUGUUGCUUAAAGUUAAAAGUUCAUGAUUGGAUUGUCAAUGCUUGCGC